CAUACAGCGCUGGCUCCGCUUUUCCCCGCGAGCGCGGGGCGCGGAAUCAACUGAUUGUUUACUCUUUACACUUCCUGACGUGGAACUUUGAAUUUUGAAGUUUGUACUAAGUUUUAAUCAUUUUACUACCUCUAAUCAAAGUAAUCACUUUUAAAUCGCAGUAACUAUACUCGGCACUAAUAGUUUCAUUAGUUUUUUCCCCAGAAACAACGCUACAUUUUAAUUAUCGCGCGUUUGAUUGAUCACACCGUUCAUCUGAUAAUCCGAUGGCAUUGCUGAUAAGACCGGUGUUUUUCUUAAAUGAAGCUUAGUUCCUGCUCACGAAGGUAGAUACCUCGUUGAACUUUGUUAAUUUUCCUACUGAACUUACAUUUUCCUGCAUUUACUUUUUGACCAUUCUCAAUAAUGACCGAAAUAGAACAGAAAGUUAGGACCAAACUAAACGCAGAACUGCAACCCACCUACCUGACGAGAGGACUUGAAUGAUUUUUUCAAAAUUGUCUGAUCACAACGCCUAGUUUAAAAAGAGAAAAGAUGGAAAGCAUCAUCAGUAGCGCCAAGUACUUGAUAAUAUUGAUUGGGAUACUUUUACGCUGGUGCACAUCUCUCCACCCUCACUCUGGCCAAAAUAAACCACCUCUUUUUGGUGACUAUGAAGCCCAACGACACUGGAUGGAAAUCACUACUAACUUGCCUGUCGGGGAAUGGUACCACAACACCACACGAAACGACUUGUUGUACUGGGGGCUGGACUAUCCUCCUCUGACAGCAUACCACAUGUGGCUGUGUGGUGUAAUCUCUAGUAUCUUUUAUCCCCAGUCCGUAGAGCUCUUUUCGUCUCGCGGCUAUGAAAGCUACGGCCAUAAAAUCUUCAUGAGGUCAACUGUUUUGAUCUCUGACUUACUUAUAUUCUUCCCGGCAAUGUACUACUAUUUUCUUGUAAUCAAUUCAUCCAAAAAUAAUGUCCGGGGUCAUAACCAGUCUCUGUUAGGUAUAUUGAUAGCACUUACUUUUCCAGGGUUGAUCAUCGUUGACUACGGACAUUUUCAGUACAACUGCGUAUCUUUAGGAUUAAUGACAGCUGCUGUUGCAGCAGUCUUUAAAGGGUCAUACAAGUUUGCGUGCGUUCUUUUUGCCUUGGCGUUGAAUUACAAGCAAAUGGAACUAUAUCAUGCUUUGCCUUUUUUCUUUUAUCUUCUCGGACUGAUUUUCAAAAAGUAUCAAAAAACUAGAAGCAUUUUCGGUGUUGCUUUGUCCUUUAUGACAUUUGCAGCCAUGGUUCUCUCAACCUUCCUUAUCGUCUGGUUCCCCUUCAUCUUUGAUGCAAGCCAAGUGUCUCAAAUUUUGCAUCGAGUUUUCCCUAUCUACCGCGGUGUCUUCGAAGAUAAAGUGGCCAACUUUUGGUGCUUUUUCAAUGUAUUCUAUAAACUACGUGCUCAUUGUUCCAACGAAACAAUUGCACAAAUCUGCUUAGUUACAACUGCAGCAGCAGUCCUACCGUCUUGUUUUAAUUUAUUCAUCAAGCCAACACUGCACAAAUUUAAAUUAUCACUGAUUAUUGUAUCUCUAGGGUUUUUCCUCUUCUCCUAUCAUGUCCAUGAAAAAAGCAUUUUACUUGUUUCAGUGCCUGUCAUUUUACACUUUUUGAAAGACCCGUUUCCUUGUUUUUGGUUUUUGACAGUUUCGACGCUAAGUCUUUCCCAUUUGGUAGUCAAAGACAAUUUAAUCAUUGCAUUUGUAGCGUUGACUGGCCUUUUCAUACUUAUUAGUUUAUCGUCGAUGAGAAAAUUUUCAUCAAUUAAUUUAGCAUCCAAAAGCUCAUCAAAAAGCUCAGGUUUUUUGCGGGGCUCUAUAAAAAAAACGCAUUUGUUUUUUCUCUCAGUUGUUGGAUACUUUUACCUGUUCGUAGGACUGGUCUCAAUAGAGCCCCCACAAAGGUAUCCGGAUAUAUUCCCGCUAUUACUUGCUGUCUAUUCUUUCGUCCAUUUUGCCUCUUUUUUUGUUUAUUUUUACUCUCAACAAUUCUCUACAGCUGAAGCAAAAAAGGAACAGUAAUCCUUUUAUGUUCCUGGAUCUGAUUUCAUUUCAAUCUUGAUAAUUCCUCAAUUUAAAUUAUUUUAAAAUGAUUUGAUGUCAAGGAGCAAAAAUUCUAAGGCAUAAAUUUUACUUUGAGUAAUUUAUCAAUGCUCAUGGGCACAAUACUGCCAUUCAGAGCAAGAACGUAGUUCAUGCGACCUUGAAAAGCGCUUGAUUUUGAAAAUGCUUGAUUUCUGAAAAGUGCUCGAGAAGUGGUAGAAUUAUACACUUUACUAAUUACCUGUAGUAAAUACUUGGUUUGAAGAAAAAACGAACAAUUUGAUGUCAAGAAGAUCAUCUUGAAAAACAUCCUAUUUACAGAGGAAAUCAUGAUUCAUCUCUAUAAAGAAUUAGAAAUGACCGACUCAAACUCACAACACUAGGAAAGAACUGUGUGUAAAAGAAACAACAAAAAAGGUCUUGAUUUUGUAUUCUUGAGGCUGCUUAAACCAGUAAGAAAGUAGUUGCGCUAACUCAGUUUUCAGUGGUAAUUCCAAUUUUUAAGGAGGUUUUUUCUUCGGGAAAAGAGUAGGAAGUUGUUAACAGAGCAAGGCAUAAUAUUGAUUAAAAUAAUCUGGAAUAAUGCCCGAAUUUUUUUGUGAAGAAAGAAAAGGUAAAAGACAGUAAUUCCUUUACUGAGUUUUUGCUCAACAUGGCAGAAAAAAUGCUGCGUCCAAGACUGAAUAACUUAAGUGUGAAAAGGAUUUUUUGCUCUUAGAGACAGAUAUUUUGUUCUUUCUGGUAGGUAGUCAAUUUUUUUUUUCAAUGUUUUGUUAAUCACUAUUAUUUUUGGCAUAGGGUAAUCGUUGAUCUUUUUUAUCUCUUAAUCAUAGAAUUUUUACAUGAUUAUUUUAUACAUCCAGAUGUUUAUGUGUUCAUCCUAAUUUAAUUGAAUAGUCUUCAUUGACAUCUAGGUAUUAAUGUCCAAUUGCUACGCAAUCAAGGUAAAACAGUUUCGCCCAAGAAAUUUAAACUGAACACCAUUUCUACCUCUGUUUAGUUUACUGAAUGUCAGCUUCAGCGUUUUUCCUCAAUUUUGUCCUUUUAGCUUUGAAGGAAGAAAAUUUUUGCAAGUACAAGUUUCCGACUUAAAAAUAGCAACAUUGACUGUUAAUUGACUGUGAGAUUCACAAUUGACUGUUAUUAACUCUGUAAAUAGACUGUUAAAUUGACCUUAACAAUUAUUGACUGCACAUUUUAAAAAAAAUAUUACUAGAUGUUGUAGAGCUGCUAGGUAGACAAUCAGAAUAUUAACAAAAGUUGGAACAAGAAUAUUAAAAGCA